ACACUACGUCACGAGCUGUAUUUUAACCGAGCCCCUGCAUUUUUCACAAGCAGCAUGAUUGAGCGUAAGAUCGCAACAACGAGUGUGUUUUAUUGUUCGCUGCUCUUGGGAAAAAAACAGACUUUAAGCAACGUUCAUAAGUUUUGGUCACUCACUCGCGUUAAAAAUACGCCGCAUUUUCUGGACUAUUCUUUAUCAUCUUUGAGCCAUGGAACAAAGAAGAGGCAAAGCAUGGAGGGAGCGACGAUGUUGGUUUGCCUUCCUAGUUGUUCUGGAUGUUUUGUGGAGCGGAGCUUUUGCGCAGAUCAGAUAUUCCAUAUCUGAGGAGGUUCAAGAGGGAACCGUCGUGGGGAAUAUCGCGAAGGAUUUGGGACUAGAUAAGAGCGCACUCAAAGAGAGAGGAUACCGCAUUGUAACCGGCUCCACCGAACCCCUGUUCCAGGUGAAUCAAAACGAUGGCGUCCUGUAUCUAAAAAGGAGAAUAGACCGGGAGGAGGUGUGCGAACGGAGCAGUCCGUGCUUAAUCAACCUGAAAACUGUGCUAGAAAACCCACUGGAGAUUCACUACGUGGCGGUGGAAAUACUUGAUAUCAAUGAUCACUCGCCUGUUUUCCCCGAGAAAGAGAAACGACUGGAAAUUUCAGAGUCGGCUCUGCCUGGAGCGAGAUUUCAGCUGCAGGCUGCCCGAGACCCCGACGUAGGCCAGUUCUCCAUUCAGCAGUAUAAACUCAGCCACAACGAGCAUUUUAGAGUAGAAGUCAAAGACCGAGGUGAAGAUCGUAAAGUACCGUUUCUAAUUCUGCAGAAGCAGUUAGACAGAGAAACGGCUGGAAAGCACAAGCUGCGUCUGACAGCCGUUGAUGGAGGCAAACCGCCCAAGUCCGGUGACAUAAAUAUAAUUGUGGAUGUACUUGAUGUUAAUGACAACUCCCCAGCGUUCACCAAAGAGCUGUAUUCUGUCACACUGAAGGAAAACAUUCCCGUUAGCACCAUAGUGAUUCAGGUAAACGCAACAGAUUUGGACCAAGGCACGAACGGCGAAAUAAUAUACUCAUUCGGUAACGAAGUUGAUACUAAAGUGAUGGAGCUGUUUAGUAUAGAUGAAAAUACUGGAGAAAUUAAAGUAACAGGUCAUAUAGAUUUCGAGAAAAGUAGGAAUUAUGAAAUUGACAUUAAAGCAUCUGAUAAAGGGACGGCCCCCCUGACAACCGACAAAAGUGUUAUGAUAACUGUUCUUGAUGUUAAUGACAACGCACCUGAGAUAGAAGUGACAUCAUUUUCUAGCUCUAUCAAGGAAGAUUCAAAGAUAGGUACUACAGUGGCUCUCAUCAGCGUCAGUGAUUCAGACUCUGGAAUCAAUGGUAAAGUCAUCUGCACUAUCAAACAAGAAGUCCCUUUUACUUUAGCUCCAUCAUUACAAGAAAAUAUGUUUGCUGUUGUCACCAGGUCGCAUUUGGACAGGGAAAUGGUUUCUCAAUAUGAUGUCACAAUUGUUGCCAAAGAUACAGGUGAGCCUUCGUUUUUAACUGAAAAGACGAUAAGCGUGGUUGUAUCAGAUGUAAAUGACAACAGUCCGGAGUUUUCAUCAAGUCCCUACACAUUUUAUAUCACGGAGAAUAACAGCCCCGGAGCGUCGGUAUUUUCAGUAAAAGCCUCUGAUCGUGAUGAAGGUGAUAAUGCUCUCAUUUCCUACCAUAUUCUGAGAGAUGUGAGCGGAGAUAACAAAUGGACGUCGUUUUUAAACGUAAACUCUGAAAACGGGGACAUUUUGGCACUGAAAAGUUUUGACUUUGAAACGCUGAAAACUUUCCAGUUCCAAGUUGUUGCCACAGAUUCUGGAGCUCCGUCUCUCAGCACCAACGUCACAGUCAACGUGUUCAUUCUGGAUCAGAACGACAACGCUCCAGUCAUCCUGUAUCCACUCAGCUCCAACGGAUCUGCUGAAGGUGUGGAGGAGAUUCCCAGAAAUGUCAACGCAGGACACUUGGUCACCAAAGUCAGAGCCUAUGACGCUGAUAUAGGAUAUAACGGCUGGCUGCUCUUCUCACUGCAGGAACUCACUGACCACAGUCUCUUUGCUUUGGACCGAUAUACAGGACAGAUCAGAACACUCCGCUCAUUCACAGAGACAGACGAGGCUGAACACAAACUGGUCAUAUUGGUCAAAGACAAUGGAAACGUUUCACUCUCAGCAACAGCUACUGUCAUUGUCAAACUUGUGGAGCCCAAAGAGGCUUUUGCAGCGUCUGAUGUCAAAAGUGCAGCAAAAGUUGAUGAAGAUGACAAUGUGACAUUUUAUCUGAUGAUAACUUUGGGAUCAGUUUCUGUGCUUUUUCUCAUCAGCAUCAUCGUUCUGAUUGCAAUGCAGUGCUCCAAAUCCACAGACUAUACUUCCAAAUAUCUGCAAGAGACUAAUUAUGAUGGGACACUGUGUCACAGCAUCCAGUACAGAUCUGGAGACAAACGCUACAUGUUAGUUGGACCCAGAAUGAGUAUAGGAUCUACUAUAGUUCCUGGCAGCCAUGCAAAUACUCUUGUACUACCUGACAGGAGGAGGGCAUCUGAAGAGGUAAGGGACUUUAAAUUGGAAAAUUUGCAGAAAUUAACUGAUUCUACUGUUUACCUAUGAAACUUACCAAAAACG